AUGUCUAACGAUCUCACCGAGGCCACAACCCCGGAUCUCAAGGUCGACGAGACUCCCAUCUCACCCAUCGAGCGCCGCAACUCUCUCGAGAAGCACCUUCAGUUGCGUCCUGACGCCCAGGACUUGAAGAACAGACACAUCCUCCUCGACACCAAUGCUGCUCCAUCUUUGCAGGCCAAGCAGCACGAGCUCGAGAGACAACAACAGUCGGACAACCUGAGGAAGCACCUCGAGAAGAGACCGGAUCGAGAGGAACUGGUCGAGCGAAACAUUCUUCCCGAGUCAACCGCCGCGCCGGCCCUUCAGGCCAACCAACGCAGUCUCGAAAAGCACAUGCGCGCGGACAGCCUGGAGCAGAAGAUCCAGCAGAGACCCAAGCCAGAACAACUCGUCAAAGAGGGAAUUUUGGAAGCUGAUGAGAAUCCUCUCAAGGAGUAA